CUAUGGUCUUUGUUUCGGGGCCAUUACCCGGUUGGAUCUGGAGCUAGAGCUCUGUAGUAAUGUAAUAAAGACCUUCCCGGUUUUCUCCCUCUUUCCCUGCUCCUACUCUAUAUAUCCUACAUAUUUUCUCUCACUCAAUAUCCGGAGCUUCCACGGAAUCCUUGUUUACCACUGCAACCAUGAAGCUUUCCAUUCUCUCCCUCGCAGUCCUUGCACCCCUCGUGGCCGCUCACUUCAAACUCGACUACCCAACUCCCCGUGGUGAAAAUGAGGACAGGAUGACCACCUUCCCCUGCGGUGGCCUGGCUCAAUCGUCUGAACGCACCAAGGUUUCCAUCUCGGAUGGUUCCUUCCCUGUGGCCGUGACAAUGGGCCACACGCAGACUGCUUUCGAAGUGCUGCUGUCUCUGGGCAAUGACCCCGGUAGCAACUUCAAUGUUACGCUGGUGCCAACUUUUGGCGCACGGGGAUUAGGCUCGCUUUGUAUCCCGCACGUUUCCUUUGACGAGGACACAUUGGGUGUCAAUGUCACAGAUGGCAUGAAUGCCACUGUGCAGGUUCAGAGCAAUGGUGAUCCUACCGGGGGUCUUUAUGCGUGUGCGGAUAUCCAAUUCUCCUCAAACACCGAUUACUCCGACUCGUCCUGCAAAAACAACACCAACGUCGCUGCCGCGCCUUUCACCGGUGAAGCUGCCCAGCGUAACGCCAACGAGUCUACUGCCAAUGGCGGCGCACAGAGCGGCGGCUCUUCGACCUCGGACUCGGAUUCGGCCUCGACAUCCACAGGUGGUGCUGUCGCUUUGCAAACUGCUGCUUGGGGUAUGCUUGGUGCGGCUGUUGUGGGUGGUAUGGCGGUGCUGUGAUUCGGUUCUCUUUUCCCGGGUGUUUUUCAUAGACGGUGGGCGAGGCAAAAAGUUAUGCUGUACGAGUGAUGAUG